UGAAACAGUCGUCUGAUACAUCAAGCACAUGUAGCUGAUGCAAGAGUGUAAAAUCGCCGUUUAACUUCCAGCUGUCAUUUUGUUCCAAAAUUCUGUCAAUUUUGGUAAAUUUAUUCAACAUGAAACUGCUGACUGACAAAGGAAAUCAGCACAGUCUUAAGGCUGUCAUUGCUGCAUCAGUCACUGGCAUCAAACUGGACUUGAAAGAAGUUGGAUACACGGAUCAAGUUGUGCCUUACUUGAGGAAGAAUCGUUUGCCUGUUCUUGAUUGCGGCAACGGAGACUAUAUAUUCUCAGCGAAUAGCAUAUGCAGAUAUCUACUUGCACAAGGCGGCUUGGAUGUUGACGAUACACAGGUGGAUGAGUGGCUGGAGUGGGAGGCUACUCAACUACAGCCUGUGCUAGGAGUUUUUCUGGCGUCAUUAUAUGGUAGCGGCAAAGCCAACGUCGACAGCUUGAAAAGUCUGCUGACUCACCUGAACAGCUUACUGCAGGGAAAGCAGUUUCUUGUCGGGAAAGGUAUAUCAGCCGCAGAUAUCAGCGUAUGGGCAGCCCUAUACCCAGCCCAGGCCUCGCGGUCGGACCUGCUCCCCCAGUAUCCCAACGUGGAGUCCUGGUUCAUGGGCCUCAGCGGGCAGAGCGCGUUUGAGGCCGGCGUGUCUGCUGUAACCAACGGCAAAGGAGCGGGGAGUUUCAAGGCGUCCAUCCUGGCUCAGCCCCUUGUUCCGAUGCCCGUCGCCGAUGCCAGGACCGCCAAGGAUGAGGAAAGCUCAGUCAGUGAGGAUGUCAGCAGUGAAGAGAUGGAGGGCGCCAGACAGGCUUGGCUGUACGGCAAGGCUACGACACCGACUCCGAGAGCGAGAAAUCACCCGCUUCUACCAGAGGAAGGUCAGCGUAACGUCUUAAUCACCAGUGCUUUGCCUUACGUCAACAACGUACCUCAUCUGGGUAACAUCAUCGGAUGUGUGCUGAGUGCCGAUGUAUUCUCAAGAUUUUGUCGGUUGAGAAACUACAAUUCUCUGUACAUCUGCGGAACCGACGAGUACGGGACGGCCACAGAAACCAAGGCCUUGGCGGAGGGGCUCACACCCAAGCAGAUCUGUGACAAGUAUUACAAGAUUCACCACGACAUCUACAAGUGGUUCAGUAUCGACUUUGACCAUUUCGGCAGGACCACCACCCAACAGCAAACCGAGAUUGCCCAAGACAUUUUUCUUCGUCUGCACGAGCGAGACUUUCUCCUGAGGGACACAGUGGAACAGCUUCUGUGCGUCAAGUGUAAUCGUUUCCUGGCCGAUCGCUUCGUUGAGGGGACCUGCCCGCUUUGCAACUAUCCCGACGCCAGAGGUGAUCAGUGCGACAAAUGCAGCAAACUCAUCAACGCCACAGAAUUAAAGAAUCCCCGCUGCAAGAUCUGCAACGACUCCCCGAUCAUCAAGACCUCGGAGCACCUCUUCCUGGACCUGCCCAAACUGCAGUCCCGGCUGCAGGUGUACUACGACAGGGUCUCCGCAGCGGGCGACUGGACGGCCAACGCCAAGCACGUCACAUCGUCGUGGCUGCGGGACGGCCUCAAGCCGCGCUGCAUCACGCGGGAUCUCAAGUGGGGGACUCCGGUGCCGCUGGACGGCUUCCGGGAGAAGGUGUUCUAUGUUUGGUUCGACGCUCCUAUCGGGUAUCCGUCUAUCACGGCUAAUUACACGGAUCAGUGGGAGAAAUGGUGGAAGAACCCAGAACAGGUGGAGCUGUAUAACUUCAUGGCCAAAGACAACAUACCAUUCCACAGCGUCAUUUUCCCCUGCUCACUGAUAGGAGCUGAUGACAACUACACUAUUGUCAAUCACCUCAUAGCAACAGAAUACCUGAACUACGAAGACGGCAAAUUCUCCAAGAGUCGCGGCAUCGGAGUGUUUGGCGACAUGGCCAAGGAUACGGGUAUCCCCAGCGAUAUAUGGCGGUUCUACUUGCUGUACGUCCGCCCCGAGACCAUGGAUAGUACAUUCAGCUGGGCCGACCUGAUGCUGAAGAACAACAGCGAACUGUUGAAUAACCUGGGCAACUUCAUCAAUAGGUGUCUGGCGUUCCUGGAGAAGAACUUCGGCGGUGUCGUUCCCGAGAUGGCUCUGGAAGCAGACGACGAGCGGCUUCUAGCGCUGGUCACCCGAGAGCUGAGAUCUUACAAGCAGCUUCUGGAGAAAUCCAAGAUCCGGGAUGCCUUGCGACAUAUUCUCAACAUCUCCCGCCUUGGCAACCAGCACAUACAGGCCAAUCAGCCCUGGGUGCUGGUCAAGGGCGGAGACAAGGAGCGGGCAAGGGCGGGCACCGUGACCGGUCUCUGUACAAACAUCUCCUGCCUGGUAUCCACCAUGCUGAUACCUUACAUGCCGGUUACCAGCCGCACCAUUCAGGAACAGCUCAACGCGCCGGCGGAAUGCAACGUCAUCACCGAGAACUUUGUGUGCUACUUAGUGCCGGGUCACAAGAUUGGCACGCCCAAGCCUUUGUUUGACAAGCUCGACCCGGCCCUCAUCGACAAUCUCAAGAAGAAAUUCUCAGGCCAAAAGAAACAGGACAAUGGUUCCGGUGACGUGAGCGCGACCCCAGUCAGUUCAGCACCUGUUGUUGAUGGUCCAGCCACACCUGCCGCUGAUGCUAACGAGGUCCAAAGAUUGACUGAUGAAGUCACAAAACAGGGGAGCGUCGUCCGCAAGCUGAAGUCGGAGAAAGCCGAGAAAUCAGAGAUUGACAAGGAGGUGAAGAAACUGCUGGCACUCAAGCAGGAAUUAGCAACUGCCUCUGGUCAGAAUCCCGCCACGCCCGACUCCUCCUCCUCCAAAGGCAAGAAGAAGAAAGGAGGCAAGAAAUGAGGAACAAUUUUAAAAAUUGCUAUGAGCAUUGCUCCUUUCGAUCAUUUGAUACCAGUGGCCCAAUUUUUGGACCGAAGCUGAUAGCCUGUGUACCUUAUCAGGACAAAUUGAAAUGGAUCUGUGUUGAUCAAAAAAGAGACUUUUGCAGACAAACUAACAAAGUAAAUUAAUUCAAGAACUUUGUGAUUGAUUGGGUUAAAACAGGGUCUCAGUUUGUCCCUUUACUUUAUAUGCUGUUAUUAAUACCUCAAAUUAUGACAUUUCUGUGGACAAAACUACUCUCUCGUAUUUUGAUUUGGAAAAUAUAAACUAAUAAUUUCAUCUUUAAAAAAGUGUAGAAAAGUACUCAAAAGUGGCUACGAGUUUCCCAACCCGCACCUUAAAUAUUCACAAAUUCAUCAUUUCAUUUAAAAAAAAUAAAAAUAGUUUCACUUUUAAAGAGCACAAGUAGUAAUGUCACAGUUACAUUAAUUUUCUGAUAAUAUUAUGUUUAAAGAGGUAAAUUGUGUACACCUAUUUCUUUUUCAUUUACAUGUACAUGUAUUGCAAUCUUCUAAGUGCACAUUUUUAUGAAACCUACAUUAUGAAUAUUUAGAAUCAGUGAAAAAAAUAUUGAAAACAGUUGUUUAUAAACGCAUACAAAUGUUACUAUAAAUUGUUAUCAAUUAAAAAUUUUAUGCAAAUUUCUCCUGCAUUGUUCAGAGUUGUACAAGUUUCUGAAUGAAAUGAAAUAAAUGAAAUGUCUGAAGAUCCAGGAUUUUGAUUCAAACGAAAAUUAA